AUGGAAUUAAGUAAUACAAGCACAAGUGCUUCAAAAGGAGGACUUGAAUUUUUAAUGACAGAUCCAGGAGUUCGAGAACAAGUUAUUCCAGCAAUGGCAAUGUCAGACCUUAAAUUGGAUUUAGGAAUAGAUUUUGGAAUUGGAACUUCAUUUACUGUUAAAGGGAUAGAAACUGAACAUAAUUUUAUUGUUAAAGGAGUUUAUGAAAAAUUUUGGCGAGAUUAUUUUGAAUUAGCACGCAUUAAUGGGGAAGAGAUUAAUGAAAAGAAAAUGAAAAAGAUGAAACAAGUUGUGGAUGAAAGUUUGGAUGAUGAAAGUAAUUUUAAUUAAAAAUAACAGAAUAAUAGCGUAAAUAACCCGAAAACUUUUGUGUUUGAGGGAUAAAAACCAAAUCCUCCAAACGCCGCGAAAGACCCCCCACAACAAGUG